UACGUCACAAUUUGUGGGCGGGUCGGUUUGUCACUUCCGUCAAAAUACAACAAAUGAUUAUGCUAGCAAUGCUGUGUAGUUAGUGCUAAUUCAAGCUUUAUGUUAUAUUUGUGUUUAACUGAUCCCACUACCCGACUGGCAGUCAUAUACCACAAGAUCCAUGGUGGCAGGUUCGGCACUCAUGGAGCCGUCCACUAAGCCUGGGACCAACCAGGUGGCUGAUGUAGUGUUUGUCAUUGAAGGGACAGCAAACCUUGGACCCUACUUUGAAUCUCUAAGGAAAAAUUACAUACUUCCAGCUAUUGAAUAUUUCAAUGGAGGCCCCCCAGCAGAAACAGAUUUUGGUGGAGAUUAUGGAGGGACACAGUAUGGUCUUGUGGUGUUCAACACAGUGGACUGUGCUCCUGAGUCAUAUGUCCAGUGUCACGCACCAACCAGCUCUGCCUUUGAGUUUGUCUCAUGGAUCGACAGCAUCCAGUUCAUGGGAGGUGGAGCAGAAAGCUGUAGUCUAAUUGCAGAGGGACUCUCUGUGGCCUUACAGCUCUUUGAUGACUUUAAGAAGAUGAGGGAGCAAAUAGGUCAAACCCACAAGGUGUGUGUACUGCUGUGUAACUCUCCUCCAUACCUGCUUCCUGCUGUGGAGAGUGUCAGCUACACCGGCUGUACGGCAGACAACUUGGUCAAAAUCAUCAGAGAUAGAGGAAUUCACUUCUCUGUGGUGGCUCCUCGGAAACUGCCCGCUCUAAGGGCUUUGUUUGAGCGGGCGUCUCCAGUAGGAGGUGCGGUUGAACCCCAUCCAGACUACAGUCAAGACCCCUUCCACAUGGUCCUCGUCAGAGGUAUAUCGCUUCCAGUUUCCUCAGGUGGAGGACCUGGGCCACUCAAACCUGUCCUCCCUCCUCAGCCACUGCCUGGAGCUUCGCAGCCCCCUCCACCCAUUAACACAACCCACCCUUAUCAGAAUCCGGCCCCCAUGACUGCUGCUCAGGUGGCUGCACAGAUGGCCGUCGAGGCAGCCAACAACCAGAAGAGUCGCUUCCCAGGAAUGGUCAAUCAAGGUCCUCCGUUCUCUGGUCAGCCAACCAUCCCAUCAGUCCCUGGGGUGAAGCUCAGUCAGCCCAGCAUAUCAACAGUCACCACAGCAACACAGCCCUUGAUGUCACAGCAACAAGUUACUCCCAAUCAGCAGCAGCCAGUCCCACCCCCAGGACAGCCUAUACCCAAUCAGCAGCCACAGGCGCCACCUCAGCAGCAACCCACAGUGAAUCAGCCCACAGUGCCUUCAGCACAGCCCAACAUGCCUGGUGUGUCUGGUGCUCAAGGCAAUGCAAAUCCAAUUGGACAGCCGCAAGGUGUGGCCAAUAAGAUUGUAGCAUGGACCGGUGUUCUGGAGUGGCAAGAGAAGCCUAAAGCAUCUUCAAUGGAUUCAACCACCAAACUGACGCGUUCUCUGCCAUGUCAAGUGCAUGUUAACCAAGGGGAAAAUCUAAACACAGACCAGUGGCCGCAGAAGCUCAUCAUGCAGCUGAUUCCACAGCAACUACUCACAACCUUAGGUCACCUCUUCAGAAACUCUCGAAUGGUUCAGUUUCUCUUCACCAACAAAGACGUGGAGUCGCUGAAAGGCCUGUACCGCAUUAUGGCCAAUGGUUUUGCCGGCUGUGUCCACUUCCCCCACACGACUUCGCCCUGUGAAGUGCGGGUGCUGAUGCUGCUCUACUCAUCCAAGAAGAGAAUAUUCAUGGGCCUCAUUCCCAACGACCAGAGCGGCUUUGUCAAUGGCAUCCGGCAAGUCAUCACCAACCACAAGCAGGUCCAGCAGCACAGAGCGCAGUUGGGCGGUGCAGGGGGUCCCAUGCAGCCCGGUCAGGUCGCCCCCAACCCGAACUUCCUCAACAGGCCCCCUGGCCCCAUUCCUGUCUCCCACGGCAACGUCCAGCAGCAGUCUGUGGUGGUUGGCAUGCCCCCUGUUAGUCAGGUCUCUAUGAUGGAGGAGCAGCAGAGGCAGAACAACAUGAUGACCAUGAGAGCAGCCGGACCAGCCAACCAACAGCCGCCAGUCAGCGGCGCGCCACCCAACCAGGUUGCACAAAGCGGACAAGCACCGCCCCAGGGUCCCAUACUCCGUCUCUCAAACCCAGGAGCCAAUCCACAGCUUCGUAGUCUUCUUCUCAGCCAACAGCAGCCACAGGGUGGCGUGUCUCACAUGCCUGGCAUGAUGUCUCACCAGGGUUUGGGCCAGCAGUUGGUCCAUCCAGCACCAGGAGGGGGGGCUCCAAUGCAGGGCCAGUGGAGGCAGCCCUUGGCAGGUCAGAUCCUGAUGUCUGGAGGUCAGAGAGGCGCUGUACCCCAACCCGGGAUGCCCCAAGUCUCCAGUGUCAUGGAGGAUGAAAUCCUCAUGGACCUUAUCUGAUUGAGUGUUGUGGACUCAGUUUUUAGUUGAAUCUUGGCAGCCAUUUGCCAGUUUGGACACAUACAUCCGAUCUGUUGCUUUAUUGCUACAAAUGUUCAACAUAAUUAAGGAACGAAUCAUGAGUAGUUUUUUUUUUUUUUUUUUUUUACAGGACCGAGCAGCUGAAGUUAAUUAGGGGCAGACAAUGCAAGCAUUAGUUUUUGAUGUAAAUGGUCGAACAGACAACACACUAAUCCGCCAUGCUACACAAUGGAUGAAGCCAAACCAGCGAAACAGUCAAUUAUGUUAUGCUUCUGAAAACAACUUUUCUAUAAGUUUUACAUUUUAUCAUUGGAUCUGAAAUGUUAUUUUUUCCUUUUCUUUGAGAUUUUACUUUUGUCAGUUAGAUCUCCUUUUUUAAUUAUUGAUAAAGUUGUUUUAUGAAGAUAAAAUAAACUUAAAGAGCAUAGAUGAAUAAAGAAGUCGUUUAUCAUUGUGAA